AAGUCACAAAUGGCGAAAAGGGGGAAAAAGAUAGAAAAUAUCAAAAAGGAAGUCGCAGAGCUCCGUCUUCAAUCUCGAAAAUGAAAGCCUAAUUACGCUAGUGACAGGGAAGGAUUCAUCUUCCUCGGAGCUUCUAUCUGCUGCCGGAUCUUCUUCAUUCCUCCCUCAUUCGCAAGUAUCUAUCAUUCAGGGCAUUGCAUAAGUUGAGGAUUUAUUCGGAUUUCUGGAAGUUCAUAUCGACUUCCAGUUUAGACCUUCUUAUAUAUUUGAGGUAGCAACUGGUGUAAAGAGCUGGGCAUUUGCAAGAGUUAGGGUUUGUGCUUAUAUAAAGUGAUGUCUGUCAAUAACAAUAAUCCCCAAAAGAACCCUGGUGUGUCUACCCCCUUCGGAAAUUCUUUACCACCAAACCCUAACACCCAUCUCCAGUCACAGUCCCAACCCCAACAACCAUCUGGAUCUCCCUUCGCCAGUCAGUUUCAACUCUCCCAGUAUGCUGUAGCUCAUGCCCAUGCCCAGGCGAUAGCUCAAGCACAGUCAAAAGCUCAGGCUCAAGCCAUGGCCCAAGCUCAAGCCAACCAUGCCCAAUUCCAAGCCCAGCUACAGGCCCAAGGAAUGUCUCUCAAUCAAUCACAUGGACCUUUUACUACUAAUUCACCCUCUUUUCCCGGAUCAGGCAAUCCUGGCAUGAAACGAAUGCCUCAAAAACCUGUUGGAAGACCACCUGGGGUGUCGAAUCCUAACAACACCAUUUCUCCCAUGAGGAUGAUGGAGCUUACACCAGCUGCACGUCAUAAAAAGAAGCAGAAACUUCCAGAGAAGCAGUUGCUAGAGAGAGUGGCUGCAAUUCUUCCACAGUCUGCUCUUUACACACAGCUCCUUGAGUUUGAGUCCCGUGUGGAUUCUGCUUUGGCAAGAAAGAAGAUAGACAUCCAAGAAGCAAUCAAGAACCCUCCUUGCAUUCAGAAAACCCUUAGAAUAUACGUGUUCAACACUUUUGCAAAUCAAGUCCGUAAAAUACCGAUGAAGGCGAAUGAUGAACCACCUACUUGGACAAUGAAGAUAAUAGGUAGAAUCUUGGAAGAGGGAAUGGAUCCUGAUCAAGUUGGAAUGAUGCAGCAAUCGAACCCCAUGUACCCUAAAUUCUCAUCUUUCUUCAAGAGAGUUACCAUUUCAUUGGACCAGAGGCUGUAUCCUGAUAAUCAUAUGAUUUUGUGGGAUAGUUCCAGAACCCCAACACCUCAUGAAGGAUUUGAGGUGAAAAGAAAAGGGGACAAAGAAUUUACUGCGAAUAUACGGUUGGAGAUGAAUUAUAUGCCUGAAAAGUACAAGCUUUCUUUAGCUCUUAUGGAAGUGCUUGGAAUUGAAGUGGACACACGCUCAAGGAUCAUUGCUGCCAUCUGGCAUUAUGUGAAGGCUAGAAAGUUACAGAAUGCAGAUGAUCCUUCCUAUUUUAAUUGUGAUCCAGCUCUUAGGAAAGUAUUCGGGGAGGAUAAGAUGAAAUUCACCAUGGUCUCACAGAAGAUUUCACAUCAUUUAUCUCCACCACAGCCUAUCCAUUUGGAGCACAGGAUCAAACUCUCUGGAAACAUUCCAGCUGGAAAUGCUUGUUAUGAUGUGUUGGUGGAUGUCCCUUUUCCUGUACAAAGGGAAUUGAAUGCUUUAUUGGCCACCACUGAAAAAACCAAAGAGAUUGAAGCUUGUGAUGAAGCAAUAUGCACAUCAAUACGCAAGAUUAAUGAACAUCGGAAAAGAAGAGCUUUCUUUCUUGGAUUUAGUCAGUCGCCUGUUGAGUUUAUUGAUGCCCUGAUUGAAUCUCAAGGGAGAGAUCUGAAGCUUCUGGCUGGUGAAGCAAGCCGUAAUGCUGAAAAAGAACAUCGUGCUGAAUUCUACAAUCAACCCUGGGUUGAAGAUGCAGUUAUCAGGUAUCUGAAUCACAAGCCGGCUACAGUUGUCCAUGGAAGCACAUAAAUAAUUAGCUGCUUCUCUUUUGAACAUGAUGUUAUAAUAUGUGAUUAGAUUUGAAUUGAAUUGGAUUGGAUGAGAAGGCGUGUAGUAUUCUGAUGCUAAAACAUAUUUAACAGCCAGGUUAUAUUUUGUUACUUUUUAUCUCAGCAGUCAGCAGUGUUAUGUAAGAAGGGAUAAUAGAUACACACCAUGAUAUGAAGU